GAGCUGGUUCGGGAACAUCUGCGCAUGUGCAUCCGAGAGACCGAGGAAUAAACCGGGUUUGGCUAUCGGGGUUUGAGCCGGCCGUUGGGAAGCCGCGAUGCCGGAUUAUUUGGGAGCCGAUCAGCGCAAAACCAAAGAGGAGGAGAAGGAGGACAAGCCUAUCCGUGCUUUGGAUGAAGGUGAUAUCGCCCUGUUGAAAACCUAUGGCCAGAGCACCUACUCGAGGCAAAUCAAACAAGUGGAAGAUGACAUUCAACAGUUGCUUAAGAAAAUUAACGAACUCACAGGCAUUAAAGAAUCAGAUACUGGCCUGGCACCACCUGCCCUGUGGGAUUUAGCUGCUGAUAAACAAACUCUUCAAAGCGAGCAGCCACUACAGGUGGCCAGGUGUACAAAGAUAAUCAACGCGGAUUCGGAGGACCCCAAGUACAUUAUCAAUGUUAAACAAUUUGCCAAGUUUGUGGUGGAUCUCAGUGACCAAGUGGCCCCCACCGACAUUGAAGAAGGAAUGAGAGUUGGCGUGGACAGAAACAAAUAUCAGAUCCACAUCCCCCUACCUCCAAAGAUCGACCCGACGGUGACUAUGAUGCAGGGUGCUCGAAUGGUUCGGGAGCUGUUUGAAAUGGCAAGGACUAAAAAAGCGUGCCUCAUCUUCUUCGAUGAAAUUGAUGCUAUUGGAGGUGCUCGCUUCGAUGAUGGGGCUGGAGGAGACAAUGAAGUCCAGCGCACAAUGCUGGAAUUGAUCAACCAACUCGAUGGCUUUGAUCCGAGAGGGAAUAUCAAAGUGCUGAUGGCAACCAACAGGCCGGAUACCCUCGAUCCAGCAUUGAUGAGGCCUGGAAGAUUAGAUAGGAAGAUUGAAUUUAGCUUACCGGAUUUGGAGGGAAGAACUCAUAUAUUCAAAAUCCAUGCCCGUUCCAUGAGCGUUGAAAGAGACAUAAGGUUCGAAUUGCUGGCUCGGCUGUGUCCCAAUAGCACCGGUGCCGAAAUCCGCAGUGUCUGUACAGAGGCGGGUAUGUUCGCUAUCCGAGCGAGGCGAAAAAUUGCCACCGAGAAGGACUUCCUGGAUGCGGUGAACAAAGUCAUCAAGUCCUAUGCCAAAUUCAGCGCGACCCCGCGAUACAUGACCUAUAACUAAGCUUGGAUCUUUUAAGAUGAGCCUCAAAACGACGAGUUUGUUUCUGCGGAGUAUUGCGUUGUAGCUGGACCUAGUAGAAGCUUUUUUUAAAAAAUGACAUUCCAACUUACGUGGUUGUCUUUAUUAGUGUAAACAUUUAGCUUUAUUGUGAUAUUCAAUAAAGAGAUCCAACUCCCGGCU